AUGCGUUUCUCACUCACUGCCCUUGUGGCAGCCCUUGCUGCCAUUCCCCAGGCUACGGCGACCUUUGACAUUGACGAGUGGGAUGUCCUCGCAGGCAAGGCCCUGGUGAACCAGGUGCUGUACCAGUUUACCAAGCCCCGGUACACUGACAGCAAAUGCACCCCUCUCAACGCGGCUAUUCGUCGCGAGUGGGGCACCCUCACCAAGCGCGAACGCAAGGAGUACACUGAUGCCGUGAGAUGCCUCACCAAGAAGCCCUCCAAGAUCGACCCGACCUUUGCCCCCGGGGCGCGCACUCGCUUCGACGACUUUGUCGCGGUCCACAUCAACCAGACCAUGUACAUCCACACCACGGGUAACUUUUUGACGUGGCACCGAUACUUCACCUGGGCCUACGAGCAGGCCCUCCGCAACGAGUGCGGCUACAAGGGAUACCAGCCCUACUGGGGCUGGACCAAGUACGCCGACGACCCGCUCAACUCGCCCAUCUUCGACGGCUCCGAGUACAGCAUGGGUGGCGACGGCUCGUACAUUCCUCACCCGGCGGCCGAAGUGGCCCCUGGUCUCUUCCUGCCCCCCGGAAACGGCGGUGGCUGUGUCACUUCCGGCCCCUUCACCGACUUCGAAGUCAACCUCGGCCCCCUCUUCGUCACCCUCCAAGUCCCCGGCGUCGAAGCCCAGAACGGCACCGGCCUGAACUACAACCCGCGCUGCCUGCGCCGCGACGUCAACGUUGAAGCCGCGAAAUGGACAACCACCGAACACGUCGUUGACCUGAUCAAGAACUACCGCGACAUCUCCUCCUUCCAGGACCGCUUCCAGGGCGACUUUCCCAACGGCUACCUCGGCGUGCACAGCGGCGGCCACUACACCAUCAGCGGUGACCCCGCCGGCGACUUCUUUGCUUCGCCCGGUGACCCCGUCUUCUACCUGCACCACGCGGCUAUUGACCGUGUCUUUUGGACCUGGCAGAACCUCGACCCGGCUGAGCGGACUUUUGUCGUUGCUGGGCCGACUGUCCUUCCAGGGUUGGGACCUAGCCCUAAUGCUACUUUGGACGAUGUGCAGUACUUUGAUGUCCUUGCUGAGGAUCUGACUCUUCGUGAGCUGCUCGAUACCACUGCCGGGCCGUUCUGCUAUGUUUACUUGUAA